CGUCAUCACCUUUUUAAUCAGACUGAAUCACUGUUGAGAGUUUUGAAGAUGGUCGCUAAUUGGUCAGUUCAGAUGAGACUCAACCUUUCGGUCUAAAUCUGGGUCAUCAUGUUAAUACCACUUUGGACUCAAUCAAACUUUGUUCAGUGAAUGAUGCAAACGUGCACUUAUCUAUGAUGGAAAAUGAGGAAUGAUAUAUUUGAAUUAUGCAGCAGGUAAUUUGAUACGAUGCCAUAACAAAUUGUUAUCUGUUCUGAUAUCUGCAGCUAUGGAUCGGGUGAACUCACCUACUCCUUCUUCAUCUCCAGCCAUGUCUGACACCUUUUCCUCCUCUUGCUGCAACUCUUCCAGCCCCCUCUUCUCCACCUCACUGUUCUCACCUCCUUCCUUUUCCGGCCUGGACCUCCUGUUCGACCUGAAGCUCCUCUUCAUCCCCCUCUACUCUGCUGUGGUCCUGAUCGCCUUCACCGGCAACCUCCUCCUUCUAUUUCUCAUGUGGCACAACAAGAAAAGACACAACACUACAAACUUCCUAAUCACAAACCUGGCGCUCGUCGACCUGGUCAUGUGCAUCUUCUGUGUCCCUUUGACGGCAUCCUAUGCUUUUGACAAGCGUGGAUGGGUAUUUGGACCCUGCAUGUGUCAUUUUGUCACCGUCAUGCAGUCUGUAGCAGUCUAUGCAGCGGUCCUGUCCCUCAUGGCCAUUGCAGUCGAUCGUUACGUUGUUGUGGCUUACCCCAUUCGCAGAAGAGCAGGUUGCCUGUUCUGCUGGGGUCUGGUGGUCCUAAUCUGGCUGUCCUCUCUGGCUUUAUCAAUACCUACAGCGCUGCACAUCGUCUACCUGGACCUGCGGGCUGCAGGCCUGCAGAUGGCCGUGUGUGAGGAAUUCUGGGAUGGCCAGGAGAGAGGUCGCCUUAUCUACUCCUGUUUCAGUCUCUUCUUCUCCUACUUUGUCCCGCUGGCUGCUGUUUCUAUUUCUUACUGUGCCAUAUCCUAUCAGCUGAAGCGGAGGACCACAUCUAGCUUGACAGCAUGUCCAGAGCUGAGAUCUGCGCGGGCAGCAUGGAAUAAACGUAGAAGGAAGACCUUCUGCCUGCUGCUGGUGUCCGUCCUCUGUUUCGCCUUUUCAUGGCUCCCAUUACAGGUGGUGAAUCUGAUCCGUGACCUGGACACAGACUUCUCCAUUUUGGGGAAGAACUACGUAAACGUCAUCCAGGUGUCGAGUCACCUGUUUGCCAUGAGCUCCGCUUGCUACAAUCCUUUUAUUUACGCCUCACUACACGACAAGUUCCUGUCGUACCUGUGUAGCCACUUCCUGUUCUGGAGGAAGGGUUACGGAAAGGAGCGGGGUCAAGGGUCGAGCAUCCUGAAAAUGUCUAAAGUUCCACGUCUUCACACCUCCACCAUUGUGGCAGAUUUACCAUGUGCUGUUGAAAGUAACAUUGUUCCUCAAGACAAUUAUGCUUAAGAAUCAACAUCUUCUUCACUUCAAAUUUAGUAUGAAUGUUGCCAAUCUUCCUUUUGACAGAUAAAUGGAGGGAAAAUAUCAUUUAUGUAAAGUGGAGUUGCAAGGCUUUCAUGCAACAGUGAUCCUGUGUACAGCUGAUCAUAGUCACCAAUGAAACACACAAUGGCUCUGUCUAUUUGACAGAAUUUUAUACAGGUGGAAAAACACCAGCCGGCUUUGUUGAUGCGUUUAGUUAGACGCUGCAUCUAUUGCUCCUCUGUCCGUCCUGGAAGAGGGAUCCUCACAUGUGGCUCUCUCUGAGGUUUCUAGGUUAAAUUAUUGUACAUAUUCAUAUUUUUUCCAUUUGUAAUUCCCCAUGUCAACUGUAUGUAUAUAAAAUUUGCCCUUUUUAUGUACUGUUUAGUCCAAUAUCUUUCCACUUUUACUGACAGAGUAUUUAGUUAAUUGUCCAUGCUUUUAUCAUGUGUAAUAUAAGAUCUAUCUUGUUGCAUUCCACUUAAUAUACAAAUGUAUCUAUAUAAUUUUAAUAAACUUUACCAAUGAGGGUACAGGAAUUAGAAUGUGUUUCUGUUGUUCAGUUUGGCUUUUACUCAUGAAAUGAUUUCUUUC